AUGCAAACGUCUCAGAAACAUAAAAUGUCCUUUGGCUCUGGCUUGUUCAGCACGGAGCCAGAGCAAAAUUUGGAGUAUUGUUGCUUUCUGCCAAGUGAGAACCUAGAAAACUACUCAUCCUCUGAUAACAGUAGCCAUGCAACCUACCCUUCUUUUCAUACUUUAGAACAAUAUUCCACCCUUGAAUCUUCUACAAACAACAGUUUCCCUUACCAACAUUCUCCAUCUACUGUCAGUUUCUCACCUUACAAUAGCCCAGUCUCAAAGCUCCAAUCAAAAUCAUGUGUGUUGAGGUCACAGCAUUCUCUUGAAAUUAUUAGUGAUUCACUAGAAAAUGAAUCUAGUUUGACACAUGACCACGAUGAACUGAUGCACAAGAUAAGGGAGCUCGAAAGUGCUAUGCUGGGACUUGAUGCAGAUGUUCUGGACAUAUAUGAUCCUGUAACUCCACGUGAAUCUGAUUCAUUCUUGUUAGAGGCUGAGAAGUGCAAGAAAAUGAAGGAGAUGAUAUCUAGAGGGGAUUUGAAAGAGAUGCUUUGUACUUGUGCAAAAGCAAUGGCAGUGAAUGAUAUGGAGACAACCGACCGGUUGAUGUCGGAGUUGCCUAAAAUGGUGUCGGUUACUGGCAACCCAAUCCAACGAUUGGGUGCAUAUAUGUUGGAGGCUCUUGUUGCAAGGUUGGCUUCUUCAGGAAGCACAAUCUACAAAGCCUUGAAAUGUAAAGAGCCUACUGGGAAUGAACUCCUUUCGUACAUGCAUGUACUUUAUGAAAUCUGCCCAUAUCUCAAAUUUGGGUACAUGUCAGCAAAUGGAGCAAUUGCUGAAGCCAUGAAAGAGGAAAGAAAAGUCCAUAUAAUCGAUUUUCAGAUUAACCAGGGAACCCAGUGGAUAAGCCUAAUUCAAGCUCUUGCUGGAAGACCAGGAGGAGCCCCAAAGAUUAGAAUAACAGGUGUUGAUGACUCUACUUCAGCUUAUGCUAGGGGUGGGGGGCUUGAUAUUGUUGGAGAAAGGUUAUCAAGACAUGCACAAUCAUAUAAUGUACCCUUUGAGUUCCAUGCUAUAGGAGCUGCUCCUACUGAGGUAGGACUUGAAGACCUUGAACUUCGACCUGGUGAAGCUAUUGCUGUGAAUUUUGCAAUGAUGCUGCAUCAUGUACCAGAUGAAAGUGUGGACAGUCAGAAUCAUCGAGACCGGUUGUUGAAAUUGGCAAAGUCCUUGUCUCCUAAGGUAGUGACACUGGUUGAGCAAGAAUCAAAUACCAACAACCUCCCAUUCUUCCCCCGUUUUGUUGAGACAAUGAAUUACUACUUGGCUGUUUUUGAAUCAAUUGAUGUUGCACUUCCAAGGGAGCACAGAGAAAGGAUUAAUGUGGAACAGCAUUGUUUGGCUCGAGAAGUUGUCAACUUAGUAGCAUGUGAAGGGGCAGAAAGAGUGGAACGUCAUGAGCUUCUGAAGAAGUGGAGAUCACGCUUCAUAAUGGCUGGAUUCACACCAUAUCCAUUGAGCCCCUUUAUUAAUUGUUCAAUAAAAAAUCUUCAGGAAAGCUACCAAGGACAUUACACUCUUGAAGAGAGAGAUGGUGCUCUAUAUCUUGGUUGGAUGAAUCAAGUUCUUAUUGCCUCUUGUUCUUGGAGGUGAUAAUCCAAUGACAACUGGUUCAUUUUUUUUUUUCUGCAGGCUUUCAGUUAGUUUAUGUAUUAUUCUUAUACUCUUUCCGUGAAUUCCUCAUUUCAUAGUCAAAUUACUCUUUGAUUUGUUAGAAAGCAUACUAGAUUUUAUGUCAAUAACACCAGUACCAGCAA